AUGGUGUGUGUUUUAGUCGUUGUAGCUUGCCAGGUUUCUCAUCGAGAUUUAGGAAUCGGCUUGGCAUUUCAUAGAUCCCCUAGUGCGCCAACAAAAACUAUCGAAGAGGAUGAGAAGAUACAAGAAGCAAGCCGCAAUAUCGACGUCACGGUGAUGGUCAAAGUUACGCCUGAAUAUCACCAAAAACGCAAUGUUCGUUCCUCGGAUUGGUUAUCGGAUACUUCGCGAUUGGAGAGUUGGAUUGCUCAAGACUUGCAGGUGUUGACAUGGGAAGAGUUCACUCAAUGUUCGGGCGAGUCAUGUACUGGUACGGUUGGUUUACUUCCAUUGCAUCAUCAACGCCCUCGUACCAGGUUUUACUUUCCUCCAACCUCUCGCUGUCGCUGCAUGCAUUACACCUCCGACCUCAUCCUCGCACCAGCUGCCGUUGGUGGAUGA